AUGGCAGGACUGUCGAAAACUGGUGCCAUUACCUGGGCACUGACGCUGGCUGGUCUUGCCCACAGCCAUGGAGACUUCAUCGCCGACAGGGACACAACAUCGGAUAUUAUAAAGAAUAAGGACCAGAUACUCUCGGUUCCGCUUACGAGAAUUCACCAAUCAUUAAUGCCCGAGAUUCCAUCACGACUGAGGGCGCGUUAUUUUCAAUCAAGCGUAAAGGAUAUCAUUGGAGCCGCAUAUUUGGCAGACAUUACUGUAGGCACAGGGAAUCCGGACCAGACUAUACAAGUCCUGCUCGAUACUGGAUCCUAUGAACUCUGGGUAAAUCCAAACUGCUCAAAAUCAUCUGUACCUGAGCUUUGUGAAUCGUUUGGGCAGUAUGAUCCUAGUUUGUCGCCUACAGCUCAAAAUUUGAAUGCAACAUCCCAGAUCCGAUAUGGCUCAGGGAGUGUCAACAUAUCAUACUUUACGGACGAUGUUUCAAUUUCAUCUGGCCGAAUUAGCACUCAACAGUUCGGUGUCGCCACAGACUCUCAGAGUGUCUGGUUUGGCAUCAUGGGUCUUGGUUAUGGCAGACGGCAAGCGGGCUCAACAAAGGGUUCUCUCAAGUACGACUCCGUCAUCGAUAAUAUAUACGACCAACAGUACACCAACAGCAGGCUUUUUGGCCUCGAACUGGGUCUUCAGGGAAAGCCACAGAUUGCGGUCACGGGCCAGAUUAUUUUUGGUGGUGUCGAUACCAACAAGUACGCCGGAAAUCUGAGCAAGAUUCCCCUCGAAGAAGUCGACUCGCACUAUCGCGUCAAGUUGACAUCCAUUUCCCACCAAACACCCGGAAAUGCUGCAUCGACGAUUACGGAGACAUCUCAGAUUGUCAUUGUCGACAGCGGCACCACCUUGUCAAUCCUUCCUCGAGAUGUCGUCGAGUUGAUUGCAUCGCAAUUCCCAGGCGCCACCUACGAUGGUGACGGCACCUAUCUAGUCCCAUGCGCUUUGCAGGACGAGCCCGGCAGCCUCAGCUUUGGCUUUGAUAACACGGUCAUUACCGUACCUUACUCCGAGUUUAUCUGGGGCGCCGGUAACUAUAACGGUACAGACAUAUGCCUGCUAGGAGUGCAGUGGAACACCAACUCCAACAUUGACGCCGCCAAGAGCUAUCUCAUCCUGGGAGACACAUUCAUGCGCGCCACCUAUACCGUCUUUGACCAGGAUAACAAUGCCCUGUACAUGAGCAACUACACGACCUGCGGGACACAGAGCUCGAUAGUCGCCGUGCCCGCCGGCCUCGAUGCCGCGGCCAAUAUUCCUGGCAACUGUGAGCCGCCGACCGUGUCCGAGCCUGCUAUGACCACGGCCACCACUGGGACCAAUGUCACUCCAAUUUCUACAGGAUUAUUUAGUAGUGGUGAUCCGAACCCUGUCGGGCCUGUUUCCAUGACCCCUUCUGUCAGCUCUUUCACGCCGUCGUCAACCAGUACAGCUGAGAGCGGUUCAUCGAGCAGCGGCGUCGCAACUUCAGAAGCGCAGCAGAGUGAAAUGUCUACGCCCUUGAGCACAGCUACUUCUGAAGACUUUGCUGCCACAAGUUCUUCUGGUGGUAGCUCUCCUGUCAACAGCUCUCCUUCCGAUAGCACGCCGAGUAGUACCAAUCCAGGUGACAUCUCCUCUGCAAGUGGUUCUCCCAUUGCGAGUUCAUCUGCAGAUACUACUAUUCCCCAAAGCACUGAUCAAAGUACUACCGUGGGGGGCAGCGAUACCCAGACUGCUACUCAGACUAUGACUGCCGAGAGUACUACCUCUGAAACUCCCUCAUCAAGCGUGACCAGCCUCCCCGACGAACGCAUCAUUUUUGGCGUCUUAGCCGAUGGCGGCGCGGCCAAGAAUGGAACAAGCAAGCGAUCUACCAUUUCACAUGGCGCCUUGAAACUUGCCAAGCGUCAGUCCAAUGGCGGCUUCAUUGGCGGCGCCGGCCCAGCGAACCCAUCUUCGUGCAGUGAUGCCUCGGGCUUUGGCUUGAUAGACGGUCAACUCGUCAGCAAUGACGGGGGUGGAUUAAUUGCCACCGAGCCCGGCGUCGAGUCCAUGGUCCUGCGUGUCUCGCCCACGGGCGGUAGUAUCAACACUACCUUUGCCGUUGUCGAUGGCAUCUUGCACUGGUUCAAUGAUGCCUUCUUUGGAGGUGAGGCGACUUUUUGCCAGACUCCCGAUGGACAGGUCAAUCUAGUCUUUACCGAGGACGGUGCCCCUGCCGGCUGUGGAGAGGUGUCUGUUGCCGUGUAUUCGGCGUCCCAGUGCCAGAAUGGCGAACUUGUGCUUUCUGCAUCCAGCUCAGCCACCGGAUCAGUCACUUCUUCCAUCACUGCACCCUCUGACGGGAUCACCGCGACUACUACGGGCACUUCAACCGGCGCCGAGAGCACUGGCGAUGGUGUUGAUCAGUUUCCCAUCUCCCCUGCCCUGGUCACCUCAACCAACACCAUUACAACCACCGUCACCAACUACAUAGCCUAUACCAUUACCGCGUGUCCGCCAUCUGUACAAGGCUGCCCGAUAGGCCAGAUUACAACCAGCACCCAAGUCUACGUAACGACCAUCUGCCCAGAGGACUCGGCGCCAGCAGCAACCACGCAACCGCCGUCUGCCGGCUCCGGUGGUGGCGGAGCCGCAGCAGCAGAUGGAGGUAAUGCCGUCGCCGUCAUUGUCGCCGUGACCGUGACGGAAGAAUGCGAGACGAGCACUUUUGCCGUGUCGACCUGUGCAGCCAAUGACGACGACAAUGAUUGCGUCCUGGGCCGUACCACGACGACUACUUAUACGCGGUACCGGACCAUUACCACUACCCAAGAGGCCAUGGCUACGGCCACGGCGGUGGGCGAUACGAGCGACACUACCCCCGAGAUGGCCAACGCUUUACCCGAGCCAAGUGAGACGCUGUUGAUAGCGCCAAACAAGGGCGCGCAAAUCGAUUCCGGCUCCGGAUUUAAUAGCUCCGCCGCUGUCAACUUUGCGUGUCCCGGUUGCGCUGUCAAUGUCGUUCCUUCGGGCAGUGCUGCCUUUGGAACACCCACGGCGAGCUUCAUGCCUGUCCAAGCUGGCGCGGAAAUGUCGAGGGUCGGUGUCGUGGGGGUAUUCGUGAGUGCUUUUGUUGGAGCUCUGAUGUUAAUUUUGUAG